AUGCAAUCGCUCCUCUUCCUGUUUGUUAUUUUUCAGUCAGCUGUUGGACAUUGUUCUGAACGGACUUUUCCUCCUCCGACAUAUGAUCCUCCUCCGCCACCUGGUCCUCCAACGGCCGGUCCUGCGAAUCCACCUCCACCGCCACCUCCACCGGCGUAUGAUCCUUCACUGGCAAAGCCUCCACCUCCUGCUCCGAGUCCUGGACCAGCAUAA